GGGCGGCUGCAGCCGGUGCGGCGGAGGCUGUCAGCAACUCUGCUCCUCCGCGGCCCUGCGCUCCCGGAAGCCGGAUUGCCGGGCGAGUCCUGUCAGUGCGAGCAACGCGAGACCUCUUCUCGCCGCUUGCGGAGAGCACCGAACAGCCCGGCCUGCGUGCGGCGGCGACUUCCCGGGACCGGACCGGACCGGGUAGCGGAGGGCCAUGGCUGAGGCGACCGCCGCUCCGACUUCUGAAUGGGACUCGGACUGCCUUACACCCCUGCAGCCCCUUUCUCUUCCUACACCUCCAGCUGCAAAUGAGGCACACCUGCAGACUGCAGCCAUCUCCCUGUGGACAGUGGUGGCUGCUGUCCAGGCCAUAGAGAGGAAGGUGGAGGUCCACAGCCGGCGACUCCUCCACCUAGAAGGCAGGACAGGGACAGCAGAGAAGAAACUAGCCAGCUGUGAAAAGACAGUGACUGAGCUUGGGAACCAGCUGGAUGGCAAGUGGGCUGUGCUGGGGACCCUGCUGCAGGAGUAUGGGCUGCUGCAGAGGCGGCUGGAGAACCUGGAGAACUUGUUGAGAAACAGGAACUUCUGGAUCCUGCGGCUGCCCCCAGGUAUUAAAGGAGAUAUCCCAAAGGUGCCUGUGGCAUUUGAUGAUGUCUCCAUCUACUUUUCCACUCCAGAGUGGGAAAAAUUAGAAGAAUGGCAAAAGGAACUUUACAAGAAUAUCAUGAAGGGCAACUACGAGUCUCUCAUCUCCAUGGAUUAUGCCAUGAAUCAACCCGAUGUCUUAUCUCAGAUUCAACCAGGAGAACACAAUACAGAUGACCAACCAAGGCCAGAGGCGAGUGAGAUUCCUGCAGAUGCCAGUGAAGAGCCUGGCCUUUCAACCUCAGAUAUUCUGUCUUGGAUUAAACAAGAGGAGGAGCCUCAGGUUGGAGUCCCCCAGGAGUCCAAAGAGAAUGACCUGUACAAAGGCUCCUCCUAUGCUGAUGAAGAACUUGUCAUCAAAGCUGAAGACCUUGCCAGAGCCUCCUUGUGUCCUGAAGCUCCAGUAGCCUUCCCUGCGCCCCCACCACCAGCAGCCAAGGAUGCUUUUUCAGACGUAGCUUUCAAGAGCCAGCAGUGUGCACCCAUGACACCUUUUGGACGCACAGCCACUGACCUGCCCGAAGCCUCAGAGGGACAAGUGACUUUUACUCAGUUAGGAAGCUACCCACUCCCACCUCCAGUUGGAGAGCAGAUGUUCUCAUGCCACCAUUGUGGCAAGAGUCUCAACCAAGACAUGUUAAUGACACAUCAGUGUAGCCAUGCUGCCGAACACCCCUUAACCUGUGCCCAGUGUCCCAAGCACUUUGCCCCACAGGUGGACCUCGGUAGCACCUCCCAGGACCAUGCCAGUGAAACACCACCCACCUGCCCUCACUGCUCCCGGACCUUCACUCACCCCUCACGACUCACCUACCACCUUCGGGUCCACAACAGCACUGAGCGCCCUUUCCCCUGUCCUGAUUGUCCCAAGCGCUUCGCAGACCAGGCUCGACUCACCAGCCAUCGGCGAGCUCAUGCUAGCGAGAGGCCCUUCCGUUGCCCACAGUGUGGCCGUAGCUUUAGCCUGAAGAUCAGUCUCCUGCUGCACCAGAGGGGGCAUGCGCAGGAGCGCCCCUUCUCCUGUCCUCAGUGUGGCAUUGACUUUAAUGGCCACUCUGCACUGAUUCGUCACCAGAUGAUCCACACCGGCGAGCGUCCCUACCCGUGCACAGACUGUAGCAAGAGCUUCAUGCGUAAGGAACACUUGUUAAACCACCGGAGGCUGCACACAGGUGAGCGGCCUUUCCAGUGUCCGCACUGUGGCAAGAGCUUCAUCCGUAAACACCACCUCAUAAAGCACCAGCGCAUCCACACAGGCGAGCGGCCCUACCCCUGCGCACUGUGCGGGAGGAGCUUCCGGUACAAGCAGACGCUCAAGGACCACCUGCGGACUGGUCACAGUGGAGGCUGUGCGGGUGAUAGGGACCCUUCUGUACAGCCACCAGACCCACCUGGUCCACUCUUAGCUGCCCUGGAAACCUCUGGCCUAGGUGUUAGCACUGAGGGCCUAGAAUCUAGUCAGUGGUAUGGGGAAGGGAGUGGAGGGGUGGUUUUGUAGAUCUGUGGCCCGUUGGUUAUUUAUGGUCACAGCAGAGUGAAGGUCCAGGAAAGAGCCGACAAGCUCCACAAUCCAUAGUAAUUAUCUGGUACACAGAGGAAUUUGGGGGUGUCUACACUCAACUAGAGACAUACUUGUGCUUUGGAAGUCCACAACAGUACAAGAAUACUUUAUUUUGAAAACUGGAAGAGAAGUCAGUACCCAUGUCUUUCCAGAUACCACAAAAGCAGUUUGGGAAGCAAGAUUUGGCUUCUGAUCAUUCUGUCAGGAUAGCAGAGUGAGAGUAGACUGCCUCUAGGUAGAGACAGGUGCGUGGAAAGAGCCCCCCAAGCCUGAAGCCUGUCUUUAAUUCCUCAGUGAUGGGAUGACUGUUGGGGGAAUGUGUCUCUGAAACCAGCUAAGCUCUGUUCAUACCUGUGUAGUCACCUUCUCCUGAAACAUGGUGACUGAGGCUGCCUUCCUAGGCCUAGAUUCUGUCUGCUAAUACAUUUUGUUUAAUGUUGGUGAACAAGAAAUCUGACUUUAAUAGCUUAUUGAAGAGGACAGUUCUUAGCUUUUACUAGCUUGAUUUGAAACAUUCUGACUCUUGUAGCAGCUUUUAAAAGGGUAGAGAAUUUUACCAUAGCCCUGGUUAGAAAAUUAGGAAAAGAGUUUUCUCUCCAGGUAGGAGCUAAAGAUCCCAGAGAUCCCAGGCACAACAGUGAUAGCAGGGCCUAAAAAUCCGCCUGAAUCAUGAGUUUAGAGUCAUUUCUACCAAUUUAUUCCUUCUCUUUCCAAGCCGAUGAUCAUGUUUUUCCAUUUCUGGUGUUUAAUUCUCAU